AUGCUUGGUCUACUGAAAUCUGUGGAGGAGCUCAAUCCCUCCAAUAAGGAAAGAGACUCCGAUUAUAAAUACCCAUUCAGCACCGUACUAGUGGACCUGGAAGGAGGAGAGGAGCAAGUGCAGUCAGUCUGGAUCGACCGUUCAAAAUACAAAUGGCUAAGUAGCGCGGGGAAGGACUCAAGUAAACGGACAGACAGGAAAUUCUAUGAGAAGGCAUGCACCCAAGUGAAGAACUUUCGGGACUGGGCUGGAACAAACUUGGAUAUAGACUGGGAUGGAGAAGUAAGGGAAGGCAGAGAUGAUCGAAGCCCCACUCCGUUACAAGAAACGCCAGAGCCGGAAGAUAUCGCCCAAAAUACCCCAAGAAAGAACAAUCCAGCACAAGCCGCAUCAAAUCCAGCCGCAUCAAACCAACCUGCCUCAAACCAACCUGCCGCAAACCAACCUGCCGCAAACCAAACUGCCUCAAACCAAGCGGACUCGAACAAAGCUGCUCUGAACUUGAACAGUUUAAAUAGAGAAAAACCGUCUUUAUCACAGGAUAACCAGGCUACAGCUUUGGGUGGGGAGGAUGAGGAAGAUCUGGAAUCGAUCCGCACAUUCUAUGAAGCAUUACUAGACAAGAAGGGGGUUGACUCUACAAUCCCAUGGAAAGAACUCCCCGAUGCACUGUUUGCAGAAUUUCAAGCUGCCGCCAAGAUAUACAUCAGACAUUUGAAAAAGCAGAAUAUCAGUGUUGUGGAUGACAUGGGCAUCGGGAAGGGCUUUAAAAAAGGAACCUUCUAUACCCCCGUUGCCUUGGCUGCCUGA